AUGCCCUGUGGGUUGCCAUGGUUACACCACAGCGGCUUGCGCAGAGCUGCAGGAAGCCUCCUGACCACGCGGGGGCGCUGUCUCUCCGGCCCCGAGCUCCACAUCCUGCUCAGCGGCUGCGCUGCUACGUCACCACAUUUCGCCGAAUGUGAUGGAACAGCGUGGAAAAGCGUAAAGGCGACUGAGAGGUGCAAAAUGAGGGAAGCUGCUAUCCUGCUUACAACGUGUGGGGUCGUGUGUCUCCUCCUGAGCGCCAGCCAUGCUGCCAGGCCAGGACAGGACGUGAGAUGUGGAGCCUGCAGGGCUCUGGUCGAUGAGAUGGAGUGGGCUAUAUCCCAGAUAGAUCCCAAGAAAACCAUCCAGGCGGGAUCCUUUAGGAUCAACCCAGACGGAAGCCAGUCCAUUAGAGAGAUUCCCCUGGCACGCUCAGAAGGAAACCUCCUGGAACUGAUGGAGAGUGUGUGUGAGAGGAUGGAGGACUACGGUGAGCGCAUGGACCCUUCCUCAAACAGGAAGUCUUACAUCAGGGUCAAGUCUCGGACGGGUGAGGCCAUGGACCUCUCAGAGGCUUCCCUGGACUCGAGGGUUACUUCCAGUUUGAAAUUUGCUUGUGAAACAAUUGUGGAACAGCAUGAGGAUGAACUCAUUGAAUUCUUCGGUCACGAAACAGAUAAUGUCAAAGACAAACUCUGCAGCAAGAGAACAGACCUCUGUGACCAUGCCCUCCUAAUGCCCCAUGAUGAACUUUGAUAUCCUCUUACCAGCAGAAAUAGAGGCACUUUUUGCUGUAAAGUUGUGCAGUUUUCCCUAAUCAACUAUUUAUGUAAGGGCAGUAGUGGAAGAUGUACACAAAUCCUUAUGUGAAAUAUUUACAUAGAAGAAAAUCUACGCAAAAAUGAAAAGGUUUCCAGAGAUCAUGUAGAAUUAAGGACCACUUUUCCAAAUGUAGCCUUGUCACACUGUACAAUUUGGUCAGAAGCUUCACUAAAUGUAUCCAAUACUCUGUUGUUACUGUGAAGGCUCACGCCUUCAAAUGCUCCUGAUUGGGUUAAGCUGAAACAGUGAAACUGCUAAUUUGAUGUUUGACAGGCCUCUUGAUGCAGGCUUUCUAACCGAAGGUCAGGUUUACUGUGGGGAUGUGGUCUUUAUGUGAUCCAUGUCAAAUUUCUCUUCAGAAGCGGGUAAAUCUCCAUUCUUGUCAGUGAACUGAAGUCCAUUCUGCCUGCACCAGUGAAAGUGUAAUUUCAGGUUCCAUUAUGAUUUUGGCUCCAGGUGUGGGACUGUUAUCAUGUCCCCUGGUAUUUGUUGUCCUGACAAAAAAUAACAGGACUGAUUCAUGCCAGUCUUCUCCCCUUUUUAAUAGAUAACUAUUCAGUAGCAUUCUUAAAGUCAACAUAUAAAAUAAAAACGAGCAAAAUUAUGGGCUUAUUUAGAUCCUCAGUUCAAGUGCGAGCCACGUUUAUCGUCAUGAAUUUAGAUGAAAAUGCAGUUGUUUCCCCUUAUGGAGUUUUUAUUCCAGCAGAUUAAAUGUUUCCUGGAAUUUGAGGAAAUUCACUUAAACAUUUGUGAUGUAUCUUGCUCAAUACAUUCUAGCCAUGAGUUAAGUCACAGGAUAUGAAAGAUUUAUUUACAUUUCUGUCUUUCCUGAACUGUAGAUUAUAGCAACGAUUUAAACGAUUCUAUUAAACACUCCCACUUAAUUUUUGCCUCAGUUUUUGAUGGUGAUGCGUGGAGUACAUGAAUCUGUUUAGUUUUUUGUAGCUGCAGACAUAUUUCAUUACUAAGUCUAGAAUCAAAUAGUUUUCCUUAAAUAGUUCUUCACAUUCCAGAUUUCUCAAACAGAGAAGUUAAAACAAGACUCGGCUGCUCACAUUUUCACAUGUCAAAUUUUGCUCACUUGUCUCUUCUGCUUUUUGAUCAGACAUACUUGCGUUGCGAUGUUUACUAAGUUAAUUUACACGUGAAGUUUAUCAUGCAGCUGAGCUGAAUUCUCCUGCAGCCCCAGCAGAGUGUGCUGUGGUCAAGAGUGAGUUUCUGUGCAGAGCUGGAGGUAUUUCUGCUGUCAAUUAUGUGAAAAAUAUGACUGUAAUGUGCUGUGAGCAUUCUUCAGGAAAUUCUCCUUUUGUAUACAUUUUGUACAAUUUCACAUGUCUGUCUUCAAAUAUAUUUGUACAACAUAAAAACGUCAUGUUUUUUUUGUCUUUUACAGCCAAUAUAUUGGCAUAGC